CCGACCAGGAGGCGGGGAAGCGGCUGUCCGUGGUGCUGAUGGCAGUAAUGCGCUCCAGCUCCACGCUGCCGCUACUGCGCAUGUUGCAUGACAGGUACACGCAAGCCUCCAUCUUGGGCAUCCCGAGCUGAGGCGAAAGGGCAGCAGCCAUAUACACUCUGAUUUCAAAAUAACAACAAGCAGGAGCGGGGGAAAUAAACACAAAAAUUGGCAAAUUGCCGAGAUGUAACUUUUCUUCCCUGAAAAUAUCCGCUCAACAAUUUGUUUCUCGGAGGUGAGCGGAGAACAGGAUGGGAAAGAAAACAGCGGCUGGUCUGCAAGGCUCUGAUAGGGUUUUGUUUUUUUAACAGUCAGCUGUUCUGGAUUUAUCUUUGACAACAGAAAAACCAAAGCGGCCACACUCACACCAGAAUGGCAAUGAAGAAGCUUGCCAUCUUCCUCUUAGUCCUCUCUCUUUGUCUAGAGGAAGGCUCUGCUAAAGAAAAAGGAACUAAGAAGGGGAAAAAGAAAGGGAAGCAGGUUUACUGUCCAUCACAGCUGUCGUCUGAGGAUCUGGCUCGAGUCCCUGCAAACUCAACCAGUAACAUCUUGAACAGGUUACUGAUCAGCUACGAUCCCAGAAUAAGACCCAACUUCAAAGGGAUUCCUGUGGAGGACAGAGUGAAUAUUUUCAUCAACAGCUUUGGCUCAAUUCAGGAAACAACCAUGGAUUACAGGGUGAACAUCUUCCUGCGGCAGCGCUGGAAUGACCCCAGGCUCAAGUUACCGCAGGACUUCAAGUCAGAAUCUCUCACUGUUGAUCCCAAGAUGUUCAAAUGUCUCUGGAAGCCUGACCUGUUCUUUGCUAAUGAGAAGAGUGCAAACUUUCACGAUGUGACCCAAGACAACAUCCUCCUCUUCAUCUUCCGUGAUGGAGAUGUCCUCAUUAGUAUGAGGUUGUCCAUCACCCUUUCCUGCCCGUUGGAUCUGACCUUGUUUCCAAUGGAUACACAGAGGUGUAAAAUGCAACUUGAAAGCUUUGGGUACACAACAGAUGACCUGCAGUUCAUGUGGCAGACAGGAGACCCUGUCCAAAUGGAGGCUAUUGCUCUUCCUCAGUUUGACAUCAGACAAGAAGACAUUGAUUAUGGAAACUGCACCAAAUUCUAUGAAGGAACAGGGUAUUACACUUGUGUAGAGGUUAUCUUCACCCUACGGAGACAAGUUGGCUUCUACAUGAUGGGUGUUUAUGCCCCCACGCUGCUCAUAGUGGUCCUUUCCUGGCUGUCUUUCUGGAUCAACCCUGAUGCGAGUGCUGCAAGGGUUCCUUUGGGGAUCCUCUCGGUGCUCUCCCUGUCUUCUGAAUGCACCUCGUUAGCUUCAGAGCUGCCCAAAGUGUCCUACGUCAAGGCUAUCGACAUCUGGCUCAUUGCGUGUCUGCUGUUCGGCUUUGCCUCGCUGGUGGAGUACGCUGUGGUUCAAGUGAUGCUCAACAGUCCAAAGCACAUUGAGGCGGAGAAGGCCAAGAUUGCUUCCAAGGAGAAGGCUGCAGGGAAGAGUCCUGGUGUGAGGAACAACACCAUCAACGGGACCGGAGGGACUCCUCUGCACGUCAGCACCUUACACGUGGGUGAGACUCGCUGUAAAAAGGUGUGCACAUCCAAAUCAGACCUGCGGACCAACGACUUCAGCAUCGUGGGAUCUCUCCCACGGGACUUUGAACUGUCAAACUUUGACUGCUACGGGAAACCGAUUGACACCGGCUCUGCUCUCGGUAAAUCCCAGGCAAAGAACAAGAAACCGCCUCCUCCAAAACCAGUCAUCCCCUCCGCUGCCAAAAGAAUCGACCUGUACUCCAGAGCCCUGUUCCCUUUCUCUUUCCUCUUCUUUAAUGUGAUUUACUGGUCCAUUUACUUGUGAUUAUCUGGAAUUUUUAUCCCAGUGCGAUAGUUUCAUGAGUUCUUUAUUGACUG